AUGUCCUGCUAUCCACAUACCCGCCUCUUCCAGACCCAGAAACACGCGAUCGCGAUCACAGGGCCCCAUAGCACGGUCCUCAAUGCAGUAACAGGAUCCACCCUCCACUCAACCGCGAGCGCUGAUCAUCCGGAGCGCGAGGGCGCUGAAAAGUCGGGACCGGUCAGAUGCGCUGCGCUCGACACGUCGGGCGCGCAUCUCGUGACCGCGUGCGAUGAUAAAAAGCUGAAAGUGUGGGCGGUGGAUGGGCUGAGGCUGCUCAGCUCGAGGGAGCUCCCGAAGAAAGCGACCGACCUCGCGUUCGUGCAGAACGGCGAUAUCCUCGUCGCGGACAAGUUCGGCGACGUCUUCCGCUAUCCUCUCCAGCACACCCCUCCUCCCCCUCCUCUUCCCGGCAACCCAGAGCCGAAACAAGAAGAAGAGGGCCACGCAAAAGACGUGCUCGCGUCGCACGAGAACCCGUCGGGCGGCGAGCUGGUGCUCGGGCACGCGUCCGUGCUCACGCGCGUGCUGCUCGCGCCGCACGGGGACUAUGUGCUCACCGCGGACCGGGACGAGCAUAUCCGCGUGAGCUGGUACCCCGAGGGAUACACGAUCGAGAGCUACUGUCUCGGGCACACAAAGUACGUAUCCGCGAUCCACAUCCCCUCCUUCGCGCCUUCCUUGCUCCUCUCCGGGGGCGGCGACCCCAUGCUCAAAGUGUGGGACUGGCUCUCUGGCGCACACGUCCGCGACAUUCCCAUCCUCGACGCCGUGCUCCCGUUCAUCGUCGUACGCCCGCCUCCGCGGGUGCGCGGGGGCGAUGGAGAGGCCAAACAGGGCAAGCGAGGCAAGCAGCGGAACAGGAAGGGAAAGCAGAAGGCGGGGGAGCAGGAGCACGCGAGCGAGACCGCGACGCCUGAGCCUGCGCAGUCGGUAGGGGCCCAGGAGAAGGAGGACGAGCCGGUGCUUGUUGUGCGCAAUAUCAGCUCUUUUGAGAGCGAGGGAGGUCGGUUUGUUGUUUUCAAUGUGGUCGGUGCGACGGCGCUAUUUGUGCUGCCUUGGACGGAGGGAGAUGCUGCGCGCUCUAUCGCGUACUUUGAUUUCAAGAAACCUGUGAUAGAUUUCUCUGUGUCACACGAUCAAAAACUUUGGGUUCUCUUGGACGUAAAUUGGACACCCAAAGAUUCGACGGAAGCUCUCAACACCGAUACGCGCUUCGUGCGUGUUCUUUCUCUGUCAAAAGGAACCCUCGUCGAGGAUUCGUCGACGCCAUUACUCGAAGCGCUCAAUACUCAAGUAACCGUCCCGGCCACACCGGACGCGCUGAAAGCACUCGACCUGUACUCGGACCUUGCAUCGCUGCCGAAGAAUGUGUCUGGCGAAGACAACGAGGGCGAUGCGCCGACGAAACGCGAGCUUGGCCGGCAGAAGCACAAGGAUGCGCUGGCGAAGAAGCUUACGGGAGGUCACGGGCAGGAGGAAGAGGAAGAGGAGGGCGGUGAAGAUGGUAGUGAAGCGGGAGAUGGUGAGGGAAAACGUAAAAUCGAGGGUGCUGCGAGUGGGAGGGAGGCCAAGAAGGCGAAGGUGGUUGAGGGCGAAGAUGUCGAUAUGGCAGAGGAUUCGUGAGGGCGCGGCUGAGCAAGUCCAUCGUGUCAUAUGGUUGUGUCGUCUUCGGACUUGGUUUUUAACCUUCAAU